AUGGAAUGCAUUUUUCCCUUGUGUGCGCGUCUCGGAUAUUACUCGGAGACUGGCUCUGAGGAUUUUGCACUUUGGUGGUUUUUUGGUUUCUUCUCGCACACUCUUGAGAAGCAUUUGCAUUUAUACAACAGUUUCAAUAGAGAUUUGACAAUGAUGCUGCGUGGCAUCUUUCUGCUUUUGAUGCUUUGGAGUGGAGAGGGGGCGAGAUUAGCAGAGUCCCGUGAUGACAAUAGCGUGUAUGACUUGUUUGAUAUGGUAAGAGUAAGCAAAAAGCAAAACGGAGUGAGUAUGGUGAAAGGCGCAGAUCCAUACAGCCCUGCGUACAAAGUUCUCAACCCAGACUUGAUCCCCGCGGUGCCAGACAACGCGUUCAGGGAUCUUCUCGACUCCAUUCAAACCGAGAGGGGGUUCUUACUCUUGGUCAACCUCAAGCAGAUCAAGAAGUCCCGGGGAAGCCUGCUCACUGUGGAGAAGAGGGACGGUUCUGGGCCAGUCUUUGAAAUAGUGUCCAAUGGAAGAGCCAACACUUUGGACUUGGUUUAUUCCACCGCGCGUCAGCAGCAGGUCGUGUCCAUAGAGGAUGCGGAUCUGGCCACGGGACACUGGAAGAACAUCACGCUGUUUGUGCAAGACGACCGGGCUCAGCUCUUCGUGGGCUGCGAGGAGAUAAAUGUGGCAGAGAUGGACGUGCCCAUCCAGAGCGUGCUGAGCCAAGAGGUGGCAGACAUAGCCCGGCUCAGGAUCGGGAAGGGAGCAGUGAAGGAUAGGUUUAUGGGAGUGCUCCAGAAUGUGCGGUUUGUCUUUGGCACCUCUCUUGAUACAGUUCUAAGAAACAAGGGAUGUCAGAGUGGAGCUACUUUAACAGAUGUCAUGACCCUGGACAACCCAAUGAAUGGCUCCAGCCCUGCCAUCCGCACUGACUUCACGGGCCACAAAGCCAAAGAUGUGCAGUCAGUCUGCGGCUUGUCGUGCGAUGACAUCAGCAGCAUGUUCAAGGAGCUCAAAGGCCUCGGUGUGGUCGUCAAACAGUUAUCCAAUGAGCUGCGGAAAGUGUCUGAGGACAGCACUUCCCUGAAAACUAUCCUGGAUAUCCACAGUGGAGUUUGCAUUCACAACGGCAUCGUGCACAAGGACAAAGAUGAGUGGACAGUGGACGGCUGUACUGAGUGCACCUGUCAGAACUCUGCCACUAUCUGCCGCAAGAUCUCCUGCCCCCUCAUCCCAUGUGCCAACGCUACUGUGCCCGAUGGUGAAUGCUGCCCUCGCUGUGGGACUGCCAAUGAUUACCCUGAAGACGGCUGGUCUCCUUGGUCUGACUGGACGCACUGUUCAGUGACCUGUGGCCGUGGCAUCCAGCAGCGUGGCCGCUCCUGUGACCGCAUCAACAGUAACUGUGAUGGCACCUCUGUGCAGACCCGUGACUGCUACCUGCAGGAGUGUGAUAAACGCUUCAAACAGGAUGGCGGCUGGAGCCAUUGGUCACCCUGGUCUUCCUGCUCGGUGACCUGUGGAGAGGGAGUCAUAACCCGCAUCCGCCUGUGCAACUCCCCCACACCGCAGAUGGGAGGCAGGGACUGUCAGGGAGACGGCCGACAAACUGAAGUCUGCCAUAAAUCACACUGUCCGAUUAAUGGCAACUGGGGCCCCUGGUCACCAUGGAAUAGCUGCACUGUUACCUGCGGUGGAGGAAUCCAGGCUCGGAAACGCCUGUGCUCUGACCCUCCUCCCAAAUUUGGAGGAAAGGACUGUGUUGGUGACGCAACUCUAACUCAGCUCUGCAACAAACAAGACUGUCCUAUUGAUGGCUGUUUGUCCAACCCAUGCUUCCCCGGAGCUAAGUGCACUAGCUCCCCUGAUGGCUCAUUCAAAUGUGGCAAGUGUCCUCUUGGCUACAGUGGAAACGGUAUGACCUGUAAGGACAUAGACGAGUGUAAGGAGGUCCCUGAUGCCUGCCAUACUCACAAUGGAGUCCACCGCUGUGAGAACACCGAGCCCGGCUACAACUGUCUCCCCUGCCCCUCCCGCUUCUCCGGCCCACAACCUUUCGGAAGAGGAGUCGAGCAGGCCACGGCUAAAAAACAGGUUUGCACACCCCGUAACCCGUGCAAAGACGGUAGCCAUGAUUGCAACAAAAAUGCAAACUGUAUCUACUUGGGCAUCUUCUCCGAGUCCAUGUAUCGGUGUCAGUGCAAGCCGGGCUACGCUGGGAACGGACACAUCUGCGGCGAGGACAGUGACCUGGAUGGAUGGCCCAACACUAAUCUUCCAUGUGUGGCCAACGCGACCUACCACUGCACUAAGGAUAAUUGUCCCACCCUUCCCAACUCCGGCCAAGAAGACCACGACAAAGAUGGCCUGGGCGAUGAAUGUGACCAGGAUGAUGACAACGAUGGGAUUCUGGAUGAUAGGGAUAACUGCCCUAAAGUAUACAACCCAGCCCAGUAUGAUGCAGACCGAGAUGAUGUUGGUGACAGCUGUGACAACUGCAUAUUUGAGGCCAACACCGACCAAACAGAUACAGACAACAACGGGGAGGGAGACGCUUGUGCUGUUGACAUUGAUGGUGACGGCAUCCUGAAUGAGAACGAUAACUGCCCAUAUGUGUAUAAUGUGGACCAGAGGGACACAGACAGGGACGGAGUGGGAGACCAUUGUGACAACUGUCCGCUGGAACACAAUCCUGAUCAGAUUGACUCUGACGCAGAUCGCAUUGGAGACAAAUGUGACAACAACCAGGACAUUGAUGAAGAUGGUCACCAGAACAAUCUAGACAACUGCCCCUACAUACCCAACGCAAACCAGGUCGACCACGACAAAGACGGCAAGGGCGACGCCUGUGACCAUGACGACGAUAACGACGGCAUUCCUGAUGACAAAGACAACUGUCGCCUGGCCUUUAACCCAGACCAACUGGACUCAGAUAAUGAUGGCCGUGGAGAUGUGUGUAAGGAUGACUUUGACCAAGACAAAGUGCUGGACAUUCAUGACGUGUGUCCAGAAAACUUUGCCAUCAGUGAAACAGACUUCCGCAGAUUCCAGAUGGUUCCUCUGGAUCCUAAGGGCACCUCUCAAAUCGACCCCAACUGGGUGGUGCGGCAUCAGGGCAAAGAACUGGUCCAGACCGUCAACUGCGACCCUGGCAUUGCUGUUGGCUUUGACGAGUUCAGUGCAGUAGAUUUCAGUGGGACCUUCUUCGUCAACACAGACAGAGAUGAUGACUAUGCUGGAUUCGUAUUUGGAUAUCAGUCCAGCUCAAGGUUCUAUGCUGUCAUGUGGAAACAGAUUACACAGACAUACUGGUCCCACACCCCCACCAGAGCACAGGGCUACUCUGGUCUGUCCAUUAAAGUGAUAAACUCCACCACUGGCCCUGGAGAGCACCUGAGGAACGCCCUGUGGCACACUGGAGACACCGCAGGACAGGUCCGCACCUUGUGGCAUGACCCCAAGAACAUUGGCUGGAAAGACUUCACUGCCUACAGAUGGCACCUCAUUCACAGACCCAAGUCUGGACUGAUUAGAGUGGUGAUGUAUGAGGGCAAGAGGAUCAUGGCUGACUCUGGAAACAUCUAUGAUAAAACAUAUGCUGGAGGAAGACUAGGCCUGUACGUGUUCUCACAGGAGAUGGUGUACUUCUCUGACCUCAAAUAUGAAUGCAGAGAUUCUUAA